UUCCAUAGUUCCAUUGUUGCUGACUUCUUUUGUUCAGGCCAGUAGCCAGUGGCGGAAAGUUCAGGACUGCUUGGAAACUGAUGAAAGAUGCUCCCACCUUGAGAAAAUCGAUCGCUUGGAGAUUUUCCAGGAAUAUAUACAUGAUUUAGAGAGCGAAGAGAAAGAGCAAAGGAAACUGCGGAUGGAAGAAUUGAGGAAAGCUGAACGUAAAAAUCAUGAUGAGUUCCGAAAACUGAUUGAAGAGCAUGUUGCUGCGGGAAUACUUAAUGCAAAAACUAACUGGCGUGAUUAUUGCAUGAAUGUUAGUUUUUCUUUCUUGUGUUCGAUUAAAGAUUUUGCUGCAUAUCUGGCUGUCUCAUCAAAUACUUCAGGAUCAACAACAAAAGACUUAUUUACAGAUGUUAUGGAUGAGCUAGAGAAACAGGUGAAAUAGGUUGCUAAUAGCAGUAUUGAAUUAUGUCGACUACAUUUGUUACACUAAUCCGUAUUUAUAGACUUUACACUACAAUCCCUUUUCAUUUGCUUUCACUUAAUGAAGGUCUGAAUCUGAAUGGUUAAGAUAUCAGCCCAUUAAGUGCUUUUUUUUUU